AACCGGUCCUCACCCAAGGUCAAGUUAUCGCCUGACGCAUGCGCACACCGGGGAAGUGCCGGUCCGCGGGUGGGGGAAAGGCUGGAAAAAGCGCUCCGCUCCUUUGUAUUUAUAUCGGAGGGUUUGCGCAAGCGUGGUUGUCACUCUUGCGACCAAGAAGGGAAGACCGGUCGUUGUCUCGCAAUCCGCCAGCGCUGCUUCGCUCUCCUGUCUUCUCUUCUCUCGUCUUUUCCGGGCCGUUUCCAGGCGGCGGAGGCUCCAUGGCGAUGAACUACAACGCCAAGGCGGACGGGCAGGCGGGGGCCAGCGGCCUCGGGGCGACCGGCGGGGCGACCGGCGUAGCCGCCGGCAAGAGCCGCAAGCCCGACAACACGGCCUUCAAGCAGCAGCGCCUGCCGGCCUGGCAACCCAUCCUCACCGCCGGCACCGUCCUGCCGGCUUUCUUCGUCAUAGGCCUCAUCUUUAUCCCCAUCGGCAUCGGCAUCUUCGUCACCUCCAACAACAUCCGCGAGUUCGAGAUUGACUACACAGGAAUAGAUCCAAAUAGUCCCUGCAAUAAAUGUUUAAAUGUAUCUUGGAAUGCCUCACCCUGCCACUGUGUCAUUAACUUCACAUUGGAUCAGUCGUUUGAGGGCAAUGUAUUUAUGUACUAUGGAUUAUCCAACUUUUACCAAAAUCACCGUCGCUAUGUAAAGUCUCGGGAUGAUAGCCAGCUAAAUGGAAAUAACGUUUCUUUACAUAAACCUAGUAAAGAGUGUGAACCUUACCAUACGAGUGAGAAUAAACCAAUUGCUCCUUGUGGAGCUAUUGCCAACAGCAUGUUCAAUGAUACAUUGACACUUGUUCGUUAUGACCACAAUACCUCUAAGCCCAAAACUAUUUCUCUGCUGAGAAAAGGCAUUGCUUGGUGGACAGACAAAAAUGUUAAGUUCAGGAAUCCUACUGGUGAAACAAAUAACUUGACAAUACUUUUUCAAGGAACAUCAAAACCUGUCAACUGGCGCAAGCCAGUGUAUUUGUUAGAUUCUGAUCAGGAGAACAAUGGAUUCAUCAAUGAAGACUUUAUUGUAUGGAUGCGUACUGCAGCACUGCCUACAUUCCGUAAGCUGUAUCGUCUUAUAGAGAAGCAAGAUAACUUACAACCUACUCUGCCAGCUGGGAAAUAUUCUUUGGAAAUAGAAUAUAAUUAUCCUGUGCACAGCUUUGAUGGGCGGAAACGGAUGAUCCUGAGCACCAUUUCGUGGAUGGGAGGCAAAAAUCCAUUCCUGGGAAUAGCGUAUAUAACAGUGGGCUCCAUUUGUUUUUUCCUUGGAGUAGUGCUGCUUGUCAUUCAUCACAAAUACGGAAACCGGAACAAUAGUGCAGACAUUCCCAAUUAAUCUAAAUGCUCCAAAUCACAUGUACUGCAUGUGCAUCAGGGCGAGUCCAGAGUGGACACAGCUUUUGAAAGCUAGAUCCCUGGUAGUUGCUUCUGAGACAGAAUACAUAACCAUAUUUGAAGCCUUCAGUUCCCUCGCGGUGGAUUAAUCUGAAGACAACAGCCAUAAAACAAUGCUGACGAGGGGCUUUUUGAAGUUUGCUUCUUGCUGGACAGGUGCCAUGAUGCGCAUAGUCUUUCCUCGCCUAAUGCAUCUGCUGCUCGUUUGUAUGCUUUAUAUGUCAAUACUGUACAGCAAGAAUAUGUUUAGAAUAGCUUUCUUAGCAUUUUAAGGACCCAAUGGUGUGCUGGUUUUUAGAAGGAAAAAAAAAAGCCUGUCUAGGUUUUGUCAACCAAAGUAUUUCACAGAUGAGCUUUGUAACUCAUGUACAACUCAAUAUGAAUUAAGCCCAACUUCCUGCUUAAUGUUCACAAUUCAAUAAGUAUGUUUUGACAUGUGAACUGGUUCAACUAAAAGCCUGCUUUUUGCCCAGUGACAUGAAAGCUGCUUUCAAUAUAGAAGUAACUGGCAUAAAAAAAACCUCUCCCAUUAUGUUCUGCUUAAAUAUCCAUCUUAUGUUCAGCACCCUAUAUGGCUGGAAUCAUUGAGUUUAUUCCAAUAGAAGUAAAGAGAUUUAUUUACUGUGUCAAUAAAUAAAAAAUAUUUCUUUUGGUUAAAAAAAGCAAGGCUUUAAGAAUUUCAGAUGCUAUAGUUCACCCAAAGCUCUUGUGUUCCUCAAAUAUUACAUAGAUAUAAGCUAAAAGUUGCUGUGGUGGAAUGUGGGAACUUUUGCAUCUUGCACACUUUAAGUCCAAUCUGUCCACAUUGUAAGAAAACAGACCAGGGACUUUAAAACUAUGUAUAUAUACAUAUAUAUAUAUAUGUCUCUCUCUAUGUGUAUAUAUACAUAUACGUAUAUAUACAUAUUGAUACUAAUAUAUAUAAAAUUGCUGUGUACAUAGAUGUUGUUUUACAUGAAAUUUGCUUGUCAAUCUGAAUGUUUCCUAUUUAAUAAAUGGUAUCAUUUGUUUUAUGAAA